AUGAAAAUUAUCUAUCUAUCUAUCUAUCUAUCUAUCUAUCUAUCUAUCUAUCUAUCUAUCUAUCUAUCUAUCUAUCUGAUCUAUCUAUCUAUCUAUCUAUCAUAUCUAUCUAUCUAUCUAUCUAUCUAUCUAUCUAUCUAUCUAUCUAUCUAUCUAGUCUAUCUAUCUAUCUAUCUAUCCUCAGCCUGUUCAUUAUCUAUCUAUCUAUCUCUAUCUAUCUAUCUAUCUGUCUAUCUAUCUAUCUAUCUAUCUAUCUAUCUAUCUAUCUAUCUCAUCCUGUUCAUUAUCUAUCUAUCUGAGUCUAUCUUCUCUAUCUAUCUAUCUAUCCUCAUCUAUUCAUUAUCUAUCUAUCUAUUCUAUCUCUCUAUCUAUCUAUCUAUCUAUCUAUCUAUCUAUCUGAUCGUUUAUCUAUCUAUCUAUCUAUCUCUAUCUAUCUAUCUAUCAUAUUCAUAUCUAUCUAUCUAUCUAUCUAUCUAUCUAUCUAGUCUAUCUUCUAUCUAUCUAUCUAUCCUCUAUCUGUUCAUAUCUAUCUAUCUAUCACUAUCUAUCUAUCUAUCUGUCUAUCUAUCUAUCUAUCUAUCUAUCUAUCUAUCUAUCUAUCUAUCUAUCUCUCCUCAAUCUAUCUAUCUAUCUAUCUAUAUCUAUCUAUCUAUCUAUUCUUAUCUAUCUAUCUAUCUAUCUAUCUAUCUAUCUAUCUAUCUAUCUAUCCUCAUUUGUUUAUUAUCUAUCUAUCUAUCUAUCUAUCUAUCUAUCUAUCUAUCUAUCUAUCUAUCCUCUUUCUCUCUCUGUUCAUUAUCUAUCUAUCUAUCCCUUAUCUAUCUAUCUAUCUAUCUAUCUAUCUAUCUAUCUAUCUAUCCUCAGCCUGUUCAUUAUCUGAUCUCUUUUAUCUAUCCUAUCUAUCUAUCUAUCUAUCUACUAUUCUUAUCUAUCUAUCUAUCUAUCUCAGUCUAUUUCAUUAUCUAUCUAUCUUCUUAUCUAUCUAUCCUCAAUCUAUCUAUCUAUCUAUCUGAGUCUUAUCUUCUAUCUAUCUAUCUAUCUAUCUAUCUAUCUAUCUAUCUCAUCUAUCUAUCUAUCAGCCUCUUCUAUCUAUCUAUCUAUCUGUUCUUUUAUCUAUCUCAGUCUUUCUCUAUCUAUCUAUCCUCAGCCUGUUCAUUAUCUAUCUAUCUAUCUUCUCUAUCUAUCUAUCUAUCUAUCUAUCUAUCUAUCUAUCCUCAUCCUGUUCAUUAUCUGAUCUACUUUUAUCUAUCUAUCUAUCUAUCCUCAGCCUGUUCAUUAUCUAUCUAUCUGAGUCACUCUUCUCUAUCUAUCUAUCUAUCUAUCCUCAGCCUGUUCAUUAUCUAUCUUUUAUCUAUCUAUCUAUCUUCUCAUCUAUCUAUCUAUCUAUCUAUCUAUCUAUCUAUCUCAGCCUGUUCAUUAUCUGAGUCACUUUUAUCUAUCUAUCUAUCUAUCUAUCUAUCAGCCUGUUCAUCUAUCUAUAUCUAUCUAUCUGUUCAUCACUAUCUUAUCUAUCUAUCCUCUAUCUAUCCUGUUCAUUAUCUAUCUAUUACUUCUUAUCUAUCUAUCUAUCUAUCUAUCUAUCUAUCUAUCUAUCUAUCUAUCUAUCUAUCUAUCUAUCCUCAUCCUGUUCAUUAUCUGAGUCUAUUUUUAUCUCUAUCUAUCUAUCCUCAUCCUCCUGUUCAUUAUCUAUCUGAGUCAUCUUCUUAUCUAUCUAUCUAUCCUCAGCCUCCUGUUCAUUAUCUAUCUGAGUCACUUCUCAUCUAUCUAUCUAUCUAUCUAUCCUCAGCCUGUUCAUUAUCUAUCUAUCUGAGUCACUUAUCUAUCUAUCUAUCUAUCUAUCUAUCUAUCUAUCUAUCUAUCUAUCUAUCUAUCCUCGGCCUGUUAAUUAUCUAUCUAUCUGAUCACUUCUUAUCUAUCUAUCUAUCUAUCUAUCUAUCCUCAGCCUGUUCAUUAUUUGAGUCACUUUUUAUCUCUAUCUAUCUAUCCUCAUCCUGUUCAUUAUCUAUCUAUCUGAGUCACUUCUUAUCUAUCUAUCUAUCCUCAGCCUGUUCAUUAUCUAUCUAUCUGAGUCACUUCUUAUCUAUCUAUCUAUCUAUCCUCAGCCUGUUCAUUAUCUAUCUAUCUGAGUCACUUCUUAUCUAUCUAUCUAUCUAUCUAUCUAUCCUCAGCCUGUUCAUUAUCUAUCUGAGUCACUUCUUAUCUAUCUAUCUAUCUAUCUAUCCUCAGCCUGUUCAUUAUCUAUCUGAGUCACUUCUUAUUUAUCUAUCUAUCUAUCUAUCUAUCCUCAUCACUUCUUAUCUAUCUAUCUAUCUAUCUAUCUAUCUAUCUAUCUAUCUAUCUAUCUAUCUAUCUAUCCUCAGGCUGUUCAUUAUCUAUCUAUCUGAGUUACUUCUUAUCUAUCUAUCCUCAGCCUCCUGUUCAUUAUCUAUCUAUCUGAGUCACUUAUCUAUCUAUCUAUCUAUCCUCGGCCUGUUAAUUAUCUAUCUAUCUGAGUCACUUCUUAUCUAUCUAUCUAUCCUCGGCCUGUUCAUUAUCUCUCUAUCUGAGUCACUUCUUAUCUAUCUAUCUAUCUUCGGCCUGUUCAUUAUCUAUCUAUCUGAGUCACUUCUUCUAUCUAUCUAUCUAUCUAUCUAUCCUCAGCCUGUUCAUUAUCUGAUCACUUCUUAUCUAUCUAUCUAUCUAUCUAUCUAUCUAUCCUCAGCCUGUUCAUUAUCUAUCUAUCUGAGUCACUUCUUAUCUAUCUAUCUAUCUAUCUAUCUAUCUAUCCUCAGCCUGUUCAUUAUCUAUCUAUCUGAGUCACUUCUUAUCUAUCUAUCUAUCUAUCUAUCUAUCUAUCCUCAGCCUGUUCAUUAUCUGAGUCACUUUUUAUCUAUCUAUCUAUCUAUCCUCAUCCUGUUCAUUAUCUAUCUAUCUGAGUCACUUCUUAUCUAUCUAUCCUCAGCCUGUUCAUUAUCUAUUUAUCUGAGUCACUUCUUAUCUAUCUAUCCUCAGCCUUCACUUCUUAUCUAUCUAUCCUCAGCCUGUUCAUUAUCUAUUUAUCUGAGUCACUUCUUAUCUAUCUAUCUAUCUAUCUAUCUAUCUAUCUAUCUAUCCUCAGCCUUUUCAUUAUCUAUCUAUCUGAGUCACUUCUUAUCUAUCUAUCUAUCUAUCUAUCUAUCUAUCCUCAGCCUUUUCAUUAUCUAUCUAUCUGAGUUACUUCUUAUCUAUCUAUCUAUCUAUCUAUCUAUCUAUCUAUCCUCAGCCUUUUCAUUAUCUAUCUAUCUGAGUCACUUCUUAUCUAUCUAUCUAUCUAUCUAUCUAUCUAUCUAUCUAUCCUCAGCCUUCACUUCUUAUCUAUCUAUCUAUCUAUCUAUCCUCAGCCUGUUCAUUAUCUAUCUAUCUGAGUCACUUCUUAUCUAUCUAUCUAUCUAUCUAUCCUCAGCCUGUUCAUUAUCUAUCUAUCUGAGUCACUUCUUAUCUAUCUAUCUAUCUAUCCUCAGCCUGUUCAUUAUCUAUCUAUCUGAGUCACUUCUUAUCUAUCUAUCUAUCUAUCUAUCCUCAGCCUGUUCAUUAUCUAUCUAUCUGAGUCACUUCUUAUCUAUCUAUCUAUCUAUCCUCAGCCUGUUCAUUAUCUAUCUAUCUGAGUCUCUUCUUAUCUAUCUAUCUAUCUAUCUAUCUAUCUAUCUAUCUAUCUAUCCUCAGCCUGUUCAUUAUCUGAUCCUUAUCUAUCUAUCUAUCCUCGGCCUGUUCAUUAUCUAUCUAUCUGAGUCACUUCUUAUCUAUCUAUCUAUCUAUCUAUUCUCAGCCUGUUCAUUAUCUAUCUAUCUGAGUCACUUCUUAUCUAUCUAUCUAUCUAUCUAUCCUCAGCCUGUUCAUUAUCUAUCUGAGUCACUUCUUAUCUAUCUAUCUAUCUAUCUAUCCUCAGCCUGUUCAUUAUCUAUCUAUCUGAGUCACUUCUUAUCUAUCUAUCUAUCUAUCUAUCUAUCUAUCCUCAUCCUUGUCUUCGUACAUGUCUAUCUAUCUAUCUAUCUAUCUCAGUCUAUGUCUGUCAAUCUAUCACAAUAA